CUUUGCCCUGACUGCGGCUUGUAAACACCGAAACCACGAUCAGACUCACGGCACCUCUAGAAUCGCCAUACCAACACUCCAUGCAUCAAUCCACCGCAAUUCGAUCUUCAUUUCCAAUAGAAUCGAUUCGACGUCCCUUGAUCCAGCGAUAGUCUUGACUGUAACUCUAGAUUUCACGAAAUCACACCAUAUAUAAAACCUGACCACGAAACCUCUUCCCGGACACUGCCCCUCGAGACUCGCCUGCCUGACGGACGUCGUACGUCGUCAUGGCGCCCUCUGCGCCCUCGAUCUCUCCAGGCUUUGCCACCUUUCAAACACACCUCUCUACAGAACCUCUCGAGUCUUCAAUAGAAUACCUGGUUUCUCUCCUCAAACGACGCCAGAUCAAAGGUUCUAAACGAUGCGCCGUUGCUACCACAAUCCUUCUCCUUCGUACCGUCGAACUCACAAAACAAGCCGAUUCCGCUCGAUUGAUCCAGCGGGUGACUGAAGUUGGAUUACAGCUCAUCGAUGCCGCGCCACACGAACCCGCGGUGGGAAAUAUUGUCCGUCGGGUACUGGGCAUCAUUCGCGAUGAGGAUGAAGACGACCAAGCUGCUUCUAGGCUUAACAGCCCUGGUUACGGCAGUGAUCCCGCCUCUGAGGCCGUGACACCACUUGAGCAACCCUCUUCGCGCAUGAUCCCCCAUUCAGGCACAUUAAGCGCAUUCGCAGCCGGCACAUCUCCCUCCCCUAGAGUCACAUCUGCAAGACCGGCCUUAACGACUACACUCACUGGCGGUCAGGGUCUCACUCGACCAGCGGUCACCUCAAUGUUCAGCAUCAUCUCCCACCCGACCAUGCGCUUUGGCGGAAUCGAUUCUCCUCACAGCAAUCGCUCAGGAACCGCAACACCACAAAUGACCUCCAGUGGCCACCUAUCCAACCUGCGCCCCGAAGUCAUCAAAGGUAUCAAAGAAAUCGUGGACGAGAUCUCAGCUGCCGACGACGAAAUUUCAGCCGCCGCUCUCGAACAGAUCCACCCUCACGAAACAAUCUUAACCUACUCUUCCAGCCUGACCGUGCAACGGUUCCUUCUCAAAGCCGCUUCCAAAAGAAAAUUCACCUUAAUCCAUGUUGAAGCAUAUCCCAACAACCACAAUAAGACCCACGCUCAAAUCAUGGGCAACCAGGAAAUAUCUUCCCAAGACGAAGACAACCUCCCCAACGAUUCAUUCUCCAAACCCCUAACCUCGGCGGGCAUUCAAGUCAUCCUCGUCCCUGACUCCGCCAUCUUCGCCGUCAUGUCACGCGCCAACAAGGUAAUUCUCGACGCUCACGCCGUUCUCACCAAUGGCGCCAUCGUCGCCACUGCGGGCACUAAAUCCGUCAUCAAAGCCGCACAAUUCCACCGUGUGCCUGUUUUGGUUCUGGCCGCAACAUUCAAACUCAGUCCUGUUCACGCAUACGACCCUUAUACUCUGAUGGAAUAUACAGACGCCAAUAAAGUUGUUCCGUACCAGGACGAGGAGUUGAGGAGUGGUUUGGUUCAAGGGCCAAGAAAUCCUUUGUUUGAUUUCGUCGAGCCAGGUCAGGUUGAUUUGUUCGUGACGAAUCAAGUUCCGGCGGUGGUUUCGAGCGGAUAUCUUUAUCGGGUUGUGCGCGACCAAUAUCAUGAUGAAGAUGUGGAUUUGAGACAACAUCAUCAUGUAGAGUAGAUCAUGAAUCAUGAGUCAUUGAUAGAUAUAAAAGAAACGAAAUGAAGAAAUAUCUGAUUUUGAA